AUGGCCAAAAGAACCUCCAGUGUAUUUGUUCAAGUUAAUAAGAACCGCCGGAUCAAAGAAUAUUCAGAAGAAGGUCACUACUGGAUUUCAGUCCGUCUGACGGAUGAGAUGGAGUUCACUCACACAGACGUCGAAAUCAUGGCAUUUGUGGUCAAUGCAAUUAAGAACAAGCGGGACAAACUAGCCGACUGCAGCCUUUAUAAACCAGGUAAUCGAUACAUCUCGCUCGCGGUGAGAGAAAGUAUGGACUUUGACUUGCUGUGGUAUGAGGCCGAGAAAAAGGCAUCAUUUAUUCUUACUCAGAUCAAGGCGAACAAAAUUCGUCUUUCUCGUAAACUUCUCUUUGGUCCGGACUAUGAUGAGGAAGAAGACGAGCAAUGUGAUGAUGGAGACGAUAAGCUCGAUCGAUUUGACGGACUGUAUCGCAUGAUGGAAUAUAUGUUCGAUUAG